AUGGUAACCAAGACGGAAACGCCCAUUCCCCUCUGUCCUCUAUGCCAUGACGCUCUAGACGAGAUCUCCAGCCCGGGCCGAGUCUUCAUCCCCACAGAUUUACCGCACUUCCUGAACUUUGAACGGCGAGACUACAAAAGGAGGAGGGAAAUACUUGAUUCUACCGACGCUCACACUGUUCGUGAAAGCCCAUCCCCUGGUCAGUACUUGCAGCAUCAACGCAAAGAGGUGGAAGAGGGUGCUGUCGGGGAAUAUAUGCAUGUUAGGUGCCGAGGCAUUCCAUGGGGCAAUACCAGGAGUAGCACGAAGCAGCCUGGUCUAAGCCCGUAUACCGACUCAAAGUUGUGGCAUGGGGACCCUGUGACGGCGCUUUAG